AUGUACUGUGGAAUCUUCGAUCAGACCGGCGAUCAGUUUUUUAGUGCUUCUCAAGAUGGUAUUGUGCGCGUAUUUGACUAUACCGGGCGUUAUUUUAAGCUGAAGCGAGAAAUUGUCUGUCACGAGUAUGGAUGGAGUAUAGUCUCACUCGUGCAAAGCCCAGACCAAAGGAACCUCGCCUUUUGCAGCCUCUACGCAACACUAAAUAUCGUCGAUUUGGGAGACGACUCUUCGCAAACCAAACUUGUCCCCUUGGCGAGCAUCAUUGGGGCGAACGACGUGUUCUGUCUGUCCUACUGCGGCGCCUCGUCCACCAGGAUUCUUUGCGCUCGCAACCGAGGUCGAGUGACUCUGUGUGAUGUCGGCAUCGGUGAAUGCGAAGAACUGGAUGUGAGCCAGAGGCGCGGUGCCGACGUGAAUGCAGUGACGACCCUGGACGACAGCGGCAACAUCUUUGUGGCGGGCGGGGAUGAUACCUGCAUCCGGAUGUUCGACACCCGGGCGCUGAACGAGGGCUGCUUGGCGUGCUUCCCAGGCCACGCCGACGGAAUUACCUACAUCGACUCGAAGAAUGACGGUCGCUAUUUCUUGUCGAACAGCAAGGACCAGACUGUUCGUCUGUGGGAUAUACGGACCCACAGUAAAGCCGGCUCCGAGCGUCGAACGCACCCGCGUGAACCCUGGGACUAUCGAAUUCACCGAGUGCCUCGUUCAUAUCGCAAGCGGCCACCCAACGACCACCAGGCUAAGUCAGUUCUCACACUCAGUGGCCACACUGUGCGCUACACUUUAAUCAGGGCUAAAUUCUCCCCUCUUCACUCCACCGGACAGCAGUUCGCCUAUGCCGGGAGUGCCUCGGGCGACUGGCACAUCUGGGACCUCACAACUGGCCAAAAGGUGUCUGAGAACUUCGCGAAGGUGAUCACUUUGCGGGAUGUGUCUUGGCAUCCCUGGGAGCCGCGUGUUGUCACGUCGGGUCUUAAUGGCUCCAUUACUUGCUGGUGUCAACGGAGGAAGGGCGAGGCCCAGAGGAAGCCUCUUUUUCUCACACCGCAUCAUCAUGGAGCUCCACCGACUGAAUCCAACGACCAGGAGUCGAACGACGAGGCGUCUGAGUCGGCUGAUGAGGAGGAUGAGCAGGCAAGAUUCCUCCGCUCGACGGUAGCCAAGACAGAGGACCUGUCGAAUCUGUCCAGAGCUGGUUUUUAUUACAGGUUCCCUCGUCGUCGUUCCGUUCCAUCAAACUCCUACAUCGAAGUUGUCUCCGAUUUGUCCAACACGGAGUCGCUGAACAGCAUCGACGAGGAAGGUGACUACGACGAGGACGACGACUGGGCAGAGAGUGAUUCCAUUGAGGGGACAGGUCUGCGGGAUCUAAUGAACGCUACAAAUGAAGAAUACCUGUCUGAAGAUGACCCAGACUUCCGUCUGCCUCGUGGUUUCUACGCCGUUCUCGGCGAAGAUGAGGACCUCGACGGUGUCAACGACUGGGAGUGGUCCAGCGCACCCACCUCCAGUACCACCGGCGAGUCGGAUGGCGGCGUGGCAGAGCGUCGCACGACCCGGUCACAGACACGCCGAGCAGCUUUACAAAACGCCCGUCAACGGGGCAGACGGCGUCGACAACUUCAGAACCGCGAUUUAUGA